AUGACAAUAUAUAAGUUUAGGCAGAAGCGAACGCCGGCGACCCACCGCCACGUCCUCAGCUGGAAGCCCCGUACGCUUCUCGCCACCCACACGUUUCACAGGACCCAGAGGACCCAGCGGCAGGGCAACAGCGGGACGCUGAGAGGGCCCUAUGGCUCCGGCAGCGGCGGCUGUAGCGCCUGUCGCUGCGAGCUUAAGCAGCAGUCCACGGCGGCUGUAGCUGAGGCGAUUGUUGCUCCUGAUGUGGCUACAGCCGCUGUUUCCGCUAUCAGGAAGCGAGGUGUGGGUAUCUGGAAGGAGGAGAUCAAGAUCCCCACUGGCUGCAGCAAGAGCUUCGUCACCAUGGCGAAAGCCAACGAUCCACCAGAUUCAGAUAUCCCGAUCGUGCCGCUGAUCGGGGUGCAGAAACCUGCGGAAUCCCUCAUUUCCCCCAUAGACCGCCGCAGCGAUUUCUACCGCCACGCCGCGCUUGUCGUACCUCAUCCCCCCGUUCCCCAACCGCUCAUGACGUUGCCCAACAUUCUGACGUUCUUCCGGCUGCUGUUGGUGCCGGUGCUGCUGGUCGCGUGGGAGCUGCAACACACUUACACGCCCACCAUAUGCGCGGUGAUGUUCAUUGCGGCAUCCGUCACAGAUUACUUUGAUGGCUAUUUGGCGAGGAAGCUCAAGAUUGCGACGGUAUUUGGAGCGUUCUUGGACCCCGUGGCGGAUAAGAUCAUGGUGGCCACGGCUCUCGUAUUGUUGGCGGUCUCCCCCCCGGCGCCAUGGAGCCCCCAGUUCAUGACGGCACCUGUCGUACUCAUCAUCUGUCGUGAAAUCACCAUGUCGGCUCUCCGGGAGUGGGCGGCAGCAGCGGGGGGAGGCGCGUCCAAGGCGGUCAAAGUCAACACGCUGGGGAAAUGGAAAACCGCGCUCCAAAUGGUGUCCAUGUCCGUACUAUUGGUUGUACGGCAACCAUUGGGGGAUCUGAUGCCGGACCGAGCAGAGUCCCGCCUCUUCCUGAACCUCAGUGUGUCGGCGUACGUGGGGCUGUGGGUCGGGACGGUGCUCGGCAUCUGGUCCCUAGCCAUCUACCUGGCUAACGUCUGGGUGCACUUCAUAUACCCGGAGGCUAAAAAACACCAGUAA